AUGCUAGCAAGAUGGCGUUUGGUUGGAGGUGCGGUGGUGAUUUUGGUUUGGAACGUUGCGGAAUUGGUUUGCGGAACGGCGGGGCCGGUAAAUGAUUUUUUGAAAGACGACGAAAUCGAUGCGCUGCCGGGUGCGGAACGUCUGAAAAUCAAUUUCCGCCAUUUCUCGGGAUUUUUCAAAGUAUCCGAGACGCAUUUCUUACACUAUUGGUGA